GUCACAUCAGGCAACAUGACGGAGAAAAUAGGUUCGUUGGAAGAAGAAGCGUUAAAGAGAAAAGAAAGAUUACAGGCGUUGAAAAGAAAAAAUGAAGAGAGCAAGGAAAACAAAAAUGAAGAAUCUCCUAAUUUACCGAAACCGAAAUUUCGGAGCUAUAGACCACAAGACGAUGGGCUUAAAGACAGAGUUAUCGAGGAUGCAAAAGUUGGAAACGUCGAAGCGGAAGUUCAAGAUCAACUGAGCGCAGCAAAUUCAAAAGUUGUCAUAGAAGAAUUGGAUAUCAGCAAUUUGGCUCCACGUAAACCUGAUUGGGACUUGAAGCGAGAUGUUGCAAAGAAAUUGGAAAAGUUAGAAAGGCGAACACAGAAAGCUAUUGCGGAGUUAAUCAGAACGCGUUUGAAACAAGGACAAUACGACCUUGCAUCGAUUGUCACCAUGGCUUCAGAAGACAAACCAAAAUCCCCAUCCUGAAACUAAUUCUUUUUUUGUCAUGGAAUACGUUUUCAAAGUAAGUAGACUUUUUCGAGACAAUAUCUGAACACAAAGCAUGUAAUAGUAAUGACAGACCAUUGUAAAUAAGUACUGGUAUAAAAUUAAUAUUAUGUUAUAUUGAAAUGGGCAAAACUCAUUUAUGGUAAUUACUUGCAAUAACUGAAUAAUACAUUGAAAUUAUAGAAUUUUAAUUAAUUAUUUAAUUUAUUGAUGCAAGAUCUGCAAGUCAAAUAUGAGAUGCUAAGCAAUUUCUGUCAGGUUACACUUUUUACAGGCUAAAUUUACAUAAACUGGGGGCCAGUAAAUCUUUAUUAA